AUGAAGCUGGAGACCGACCCUCUGAUUCGUGGCGACCGCGCCCUUUCGAGCAGCGGGGAGCUCGUCCGGACUCCGGCUGCGCCGCCUCCUUCGGAUGCCGGCUGCCUCCGGAAAGCCACGCGACUACGCUCGGGCGCGCGCCCCCCAACCGCACACGCCCGCUCACGCAUGCUCCCGGCGCUCCCACGCGCGCAGGCCCUUCACCGGCGCCGCCCACGCAGCCUCGUGCUCCGGGCGCGCGGGCUCCGCUGCUGCGCGGCGCCCCCGGAGGCAGUUGCCGGAGCUGGGAUGAGGUAUCGGAGGAUGCUGCAGCGCGGGGCGCGUCGCCCCCCUCAGUCCACCAGAGCCCGGAUACCUCAGAAAUUCGGCUCUGGGUCUGUGGGGAGCGAAAUGCAACCCAAACACCGUUUUACCGAACCCCGCGCAAAUAAACACGCACAGGCACUCACACAGACGUCGCCGCGACCCGCGCUUGCCGCGGCGGAUCCCGGCCGCGGGCGGCCAAGAAAGAGCCCGGGACCCGGGAGGGGCCGCUGCCCACGCCUCAAAGUCCAAGGUGUCGCUGCUCGGGAUCGGCCGCUAAAAGGUGCGACGAGCAAAGGGAAGCUGGAGCUUCAAGAAGGAGAGUCAGGAGUGUCAAAUAACAUUUCCUCGCCAGAAGAGAUGAAGACAGAGGGAAAAGCUAUUGAAUAUAGCAGCUGGAUGCAUGGAGGAAUCGUUUCUCUAGACAGGAAAAACCAAGAGUCAACCCUAAAGGACUACAGUCAGAACUUCAAUACAUUGCAUGGGGUUUGAGGUCAGGAUUUUGGUGCCUGAAACCUACCAGUUCCUGCUUUGCAAUUCUGCCAAGGAGGUUGUAAUCAUAAGGAAGAUGAGCCAAUGGAAAAGAGUAUACCACUCAUGGAACAGCUUUAGAGGAGCAACCCUGACCACAGGAUUUCUCAGGAAAGAUGACUGCCUACAAUGUAGAGGAUGGACCAAAAGGGAGAGCAGACCUGGAGGCAAAGGACUAUUACAGUAAUCCAUGAGUGACAAGAAAGGUAGCCAAGAAGAACGAAAUGAACUUGAGAGCUACCAGAGGGUGAAUCAAUUGGACUUUCAUCUGAAAACACUUUGGAAACCAACUUUUAACUUGUUUUCAGAAUAAAGAACCUUGAAAAAAGAAGAGUUUGGUGUACAUGAGUCCCUCUUUCCUGCCCCAUCCUGCAAGGAGUCUUGCUCUUAGGCUAAUAAUACUCAUAUAUGGUACACCCAUCUUGUAAGUUUCAUAAUUUUUAGAGAAGAAAUUAUGAAAAGCUAGUUACCGUUUGGAAACCUAGUUACCAUCUGGAACAGCAUCUUUCUAUAUGGAAAGCCAUUACAAGCUGGUGGCUGUCUGAAUUGGGUUCUGGCCAUUAUUAUAUGGCCCAAGCAGAUGUGCUCUGUAAAUAUUCAUUUAAGAGUAAACAAAUCACUAUAGUGCUUUCCAAA